AGCGAGCAGCUCCGUGGGAUUUUUUACAGGAAUACUCCAGCAACUGGGGACAAAAUGCGAGUGUUGGAAUGAAAUAAAUCGAGAGAUUCGCAAAAGGUACGAGUAUAUUCUUUAUCCCGUGGUUCUUGCUAAUACGAAAUGAAUGUUAAAGGAACAAUGGAAAAAUCACCCUGCGCCUGAAACCAUUGGAAUGACUUCUACCGGCAAUGAGAUAUCAAAUACAGUGGUUGCUAAAAUGCCAAUUGUUAUGCUGGAUGUUCUUUCCGUGGGAUAUUGUGUCGAGUCAGAUUCGUUAUUCUAUACCUGAAGAACUGCAACAGGGAGCCUUUGUUGGGAAAAUCGCAGCCGAUUUAGGUUUAGAUGUACAGCAGCUGGCGACUCGCAGUUUGCGGGUAGCGCCCAAUCUGAAGAAGUGCUAUUUCGACGUAAAUUUGGAGAAUGGUAUUUUGUUUGUGAAGGAAAUUAUCGACAGAGAACUGCUUUGUGGGUCGAACCUCGACUGUCGCUUGCCCUUGGAUAUUGUGCUUGAAAAUCCCUUGAGUCUGUACCCAGUGGAAGUGGAGAUUGUCGAUGUAAAUGACAAUGCUCCCGUUUUCCCCCAAAGCAAUUUUCGGCUUGAAAUUUGGGAGUCUGCGACACCGGGAAUGCGAUUUCCCCUUGAAACCGCACAGGACGAAGAUAUUGGCACUAACUCCUUGCAAAGUUACCAGCUACAACCGAAUGAGUAUUUUACUCUCGACGAACAAAAGCGCAGAGGGAAGGGAAUGCGGCCCGUUUUGUUGUUAGAAAAGUCCUUGGACAGAGAAAUGGUGCCAACCCACAAUCUGACGCUAACAGCCAAGGACGGAGGCUUGCCCCCUAGAUCGGGUACGGUUCAGAUUGUGGUCAUAGUAAAGGAUACCAACGACAAUGCGCCUGUUUUCUCUCAGCCGGUUUACAGAGUCAGCCUUUUGGAAAAUGCGCCGAAAGGGACCCUGAUUAUCAGAUUAAACGCCACUGACCUGGACGACGGUACCAAUGGUGAGGUGAUGUACUCUUUCAAUAGCCAUAUUUCAGUUACAGCCCGUAACAUUUUUGAUUUGAACCCCCAGACUGGUGAAAUCAGACUGAAGGGAAACUUAGAUUAUGAAGACAGCAGUGCAUUUGAGAUUAACAUACAAGCAAUAGACAAGGGUUCUGGCGCAAUACCCGAGUACUGCGACGUCGUUGUUGAAAUUGUCGAUGUGAAUGAUAACGCGCCGGAGGUGAUGUUACGAUCUUCUUCAAGUACAAUUACCGAGAACUCUCCACUUGGCACUGUUGUGGCACUGUUCAGUGCAGGAGACAGAGAUUCGGGGCCAAAUGGUCAGGUACAGUGUCAUAUUUCAAAUCAGUUGCCCUUUAAGUUAGAUUCCUCCAUAAAUAACUAUUACAGAAUUCUUACAAAGCGUUUGCUGGAUCGAGAAAGUACCCCCAAGUAUGAUAUUACUAUAACAUGCAUGGAUGCCGGACGGCCCGCACUCACUUCCAGGAAAACCAUCCGGGUAGAGGUUACAGACAUAAACGACAACGCACCAAGAUUUUCUCGCCCAGUAUACACAGCAAAUGUUCUGGAAAACAAUAUUAUUGGGGCUUCUAUAUUUUCCAUGACGGCCUUCGAUUCAGACGUAGGCGAAAACGCACGACUGAAUUUUUCUAUCCUGGAGUCACAUGUUCAGAAUGCUUCAAUACUUUAUUAUGUCUCAAUCAAUGCAGCGAAUGGUGUCAUAUAUGCUCAGAGAUCUUUCGACUACGAACGACUGAAAAACUUCCAAAUCCACGUUCAAGUGCAGGAUUCUGGUGCGCCAGCGCUGACGAGUAAUGCUUCGGUGAAUAUUGUUAUCCUUGAUCAGAAUGACAAUGCUCCAGUGAUUAUACAUCCUUUACCAGAAUAUGGUUCAACAGCGAUGGAAACAAUAUCGAGGUUUGCAGAACCAGGAUACUUGGUUAUCAAGGUCUCAGCCACUGAUGCUGAUGCUGGUCAAAAUGCUCGUCUAUCUUAUCAGAUUUUUCAGGCCACACAUCAUAAUAUUUUUACCAUUGCCGCAGACACAGGAGAAAUUUGGACAAUCCGUACCAUUUCGAGCAAGGAUGCAUCUAAUCAAAGGCUAGUUGUUGUGGUAAAAGAUAAUGGAAUUCCAUCGCUCUCUGCCACCGUGACGAUAGUAUUAUCUGUGGUUGGCACUGAUACUGAGACGUUCUCCAUUGUCAGCAGUUCGUCUUCAAAUCCCAGAUUCACCCCUGAACUCAGCUUUUCCUUGGUUGUGGCCUUGGGAAUAACAUCUAUCAUUUUCCUCAUCAUUUUAGUCAUCCUCGCUCUUAUAGUUCACAAAAACAGGGAUGGGAUGGUAUACCAGCACCGUUCCCUGGGUUCUUGUUGUUUUUUACAAUCACGAAACUCUUUGAAUGGAAUUCAGAAGGCCAGCAAAAGUCUUCAGAUACCGCCAAACUAUGUCGAGGUAUUUGGGGGCGAUCCACUUUCCCAAAGUUUCCGCUAUGAGUCAUGUUCGACGUUGCAGUCCGCCAAGAGAGAUGUCCUCGUCCCCAAUAGGUGCAGGAUGACUGCAGACAAUUGCGUGCUGAAUGAGUCUGUUGGGAAAGGACAUGCUGAGAUGGCGAAUUAUGAAAAAUACAACGUUCCUGAGGUGAAACAACCAAACGCUGACUGGCAUUUCUCACAGGCUCACAGAGCAGAACUAAACAGUUCCCAGUAUCUGGAGGAGGAAGGAGCACGACGUGAAAUACAAUGUGAAGUCCAGCGUGAGGUGCAGCGGGACGUGCAGCGCGAGCCACUGCGUGACGAGCCCUGCGAAGCACCGCGCAAUAUUCAGCGUGACGUGCCGCGUGACUCGCACUGCGACGGGCAACGUGCUGCGGAGAAUGAUCCUGGCGGACCAAGGAAACCCAUGUGCGCACGGCCUCCAGCCAUCCCAGCCGGUAGAGAUGGGUGGACAUUACCACGGACAGCUCCACGAAUGCAGCUACAGAUGACGCUAGGUGCACACGUACCAGGGACCUUGCGAAGUCAGUACCUAUUCCCCCGAGACCCUCUUACGCCAGGAGCACGUAUCAGUAAUUCAAGCGUGGAGUUCAGUGCGUUCCCUGUUGGCAGCCACCACGGUCCUUGGGCUGCAAACCAGACACGAGAUCGUGGAAGCGUCACCGAUUCGGGCACCCGGAGACCAGAGUUGGACACCGAGACUGGCGGUGAAAUUCACCGCUCACCGCCAAGCGUCCGACUACCUACACAACGUCUACAUUCCAGGGACCACCACCACGCUCUCCGGCAAAUCAACGACUGAGCGGGAAGGGAAGAAAUCCUUCAUUACCUUUGGGAAGAAGAAAAAGAGUGGUAAAUGAAGCAAAGAGGAACGGGAGUAAAAUUUCAAUAAUAGUGGGAGUCGAAAAAUGGGGCUGCAUGACAGAAGCACGUCUUUCUACGAAAAAUACUAAAUGUCACUUAAAAAAAACUCAGCUGCACUAAGUAUUAGUUUGAAAGGGAAUGUUUUAAAGAAAUUGAUUUUCAACGAUAAUGAUCAAAAUUCCUUGGAAUCCUGAGGUUGAGCAGGUAUUACAAAGGAGAGAUGGCAUCUCAUGUUAAACAAUUGCUCAGUUAUAUAAGAUGGACUAGGCUGCAUGAAGAUAUUAGUCAUUGGGAUUACAUGGUAUUUACCCCUUGCCAACUCAGAAUUAAAGACAGCCAGAUCCAGUUUGAAAAGCUAAUUCUUGGUAUUACCAUCACAUGGAACCUGGCGCUUUACUCCCAACAUCCUGUCCCCCUUAUCCCUACCCUCCCCUCUCCUCUUGCUUUGUCCCUUUCUUCCAAUAUCCUUCCCUCCGGCUUUACAUUUCACUAUACUCCUUAUCUGACACCCUAUUCUCUCUAUUUCAUCGCUUUGUCCUGCCUCAACCUCAUUUAUGGCUUCCUCUCUCCUGCUACAAUCAGUCUGAAGAAGGAUUCUGACCCGAAAUAUCACCUAUCCAUGCCCUGCAGAGAUACUGCCUGACCAUUCAGUUACUCCAGGACAUUGUGUUUUCUUUUUGUCAGUGAUUUUGCUUUCUUUUCAUGGGCACCCAGGAAGAAAAGCAUUUGAUACUAAGACAAUGAUAUUGACUUUUGUCAGUCUCAGGCACUGACUUGGUCAAGGGCUUCUUCCAGGCACUGGGUGCUAAGGGCCUUAUCUUCAUUGCUCACAUAAUAAGCGUCCCAAAUUCAUUUCUAUUCCAGUGACUAAUAAAGGAAAUUAUUUCACGGUCACUUUCUGGAGAUAAGGGGAAAAGCAUACACCAUGAAUCCAUUCAGAUACUUGAAUGACAGCAAUCAGAGGACAGAUGGAAGUAGAUUCCCCUGGGCUGUCAGAUAAGCCACAUUAACAGGACCACCAACACACACCAUCUUACUCUAUCUUAAAUAAAUUUUCAUCAGCCAAGAGGGAAAUAUUCCAUAAAACCAUUUGGCUCAUCAAGUCUGUGCCACCAUCCAAUCAUGGCAGAUCUAUUAUUCCCUCUCAACCCCAUUUUCCUACCUUCUCACCCUACCCUUUAACACCCUAGCCAAUCAAGAACCUAUCAAUAUAACGUUUAAAAAUAACCAUUGACUUGGCCUCCACAGCUGUCUGUGGCAAUUAAUUUCACAGAUUCGCCAACCUUUGGGGAAAUAAAUUCCUUCCCAUCUCCAUUCUAAAGGAAGGUCCGUGAGUUCUGAGGCUGUGCCCUCUGGUCCAAACUAUCUAGACUCCCGAGAAAUCUCCCAAUAUUCCAUCUUACAUCACUGAGAAAUUGUGCCUGUCCUGGAGAAAGAAUAUAUCAAAAUUUAAUCCCCAAUUAUGGAGGGAUACGAUGGAAACAUUUAAAAAGAACAUUCCCUUCUUCAAACAGCUGUUAUACAAACAUUAGCAGCCGCUAUUUUCAAGUCCAUUCAAACAUUCAUUGUCUUGUGUCUCCAUUUAUUCAAUCCAAACUGUCACACAGCCUUAACAUAGAUUAAGGAACACGUUAAGAGUCCAUUUCCUCAUUGUGCAUGUGUGUCAUUACUGAGGGUUAUCGCAAGCAUUGCAUUUUGUGUAAAAUAUUCACUGUUUAACACCCUACAUUUAGCUUUAGGAUGGGUGAGAACAGAUCAGAAAAGAGGAAAAAUAAGCAAAUGAGGAAAUAGUUGAUGCCAGUUUUCUACAUUUAGUUUCGCCAGGUGUCUUUUAGAACUGGCAGAUGAACAUUGACAACAUAAGAAUCCUGAAACUGUCCGUCUCACUUUUGGAAGCUGAUAUAAUGGUGUUAGUGAUGAAGAGUGUGGGUAUUCUCAAGGUAAUAGCGUAUGUGCCCUAUAUAGAGCUGUAACAGAGUCAUAACAAUGCAAGCUUUCAGAGGGGAAUGAUAGACAGUGAAGAAGGAGGAAGGAAAAGUAUAAAAUACCAAAAAAAAAAGUUUAUAUAUAGGGCUAUGGUUGCCACCUUACCAAGGAGCCAAAUCGGACAAGGAGGGUCGGAUCUGUUGGAGUGUGUAGUGGGAUCAUGGCUUGAGUUCUCAGGUACUGUACAUUUUGCUGAAACUUAAAAUUAAUUCCCCACGGGGCAGGGAUGAAAGUAAAGACAAAACAUUUAUUAUCUGGACCGUAGUUUACAAAUUUCUAGAUUGUCUCUUCGGAAUAGUUUUAGAUUUUGUCCGAACACUGUAAAAUGAAUGACCAUCUCCUACGCACCCCCAGUUUUUAUUUCCAUGCAGUCACCGGAAGUAAAAUUUGAGAAGGAUGCAUAAUAGGCGACUAAAUAUGGGACUAGUGGUGUACUUCCUGCCUUUACUGUCAGUUGAUCUCAGCAUGGACAGUAAUCCGAGUUGUAAAGAAUCUCAUUACAUUGGUGAAGGACAAUCAUCCAGACUCCAGUCUGCAAUCUAGGAAUCGGUACUGGGGAGCAUAUUGGAAGAGUAGUCAUGAGAAAGGCUAUUCAUAUUUGAAGAGCAGUCAUGGGAAAGGUACAGGUUCUGGUGUAAGGGUCGUGCACCUGAAAACCUGACUCUGUUCCUCUCUCCUCAGAUGCAGCCUGACUCUCUCAGUAUUAAUUGACAUUACAUCUCUCCACCAUCUGCAGUUUUAUUGCUUUUCAAGAUAUGGAAGGCUUGUCUACGCCCAGAAACCUAUGCAGUCAGAGUCAGUGCCUUCAGGAGUAAAGAAAGGGUUGUAAAAAUUGGGAGAAGGGAAAGAAAAUGGUUUGUCCAGUUUAAUUCCCAGAUAGGUGGCAACCAUGAUGUUGUUCAGAGACUUAGAAUAUUUAGAAACUAAGUCUUGUCAUUUAACUUUUGUUUUACACUAGCGAUAACCCUAUAACAUAUUUUCUCUUAUGACUGGAGCAAUCAGCCAUAGCUUUGAGAAGAAAAGCCUUGGCAACCAGUAAGUAGUCUAUAGCUGUUAUAAUAUUUAGGCAUGCUGAAUGUAUCCUGUGAUUAACAAAUAUGAAUAUAUCCAUAUACUAGUAUCUGUCCUAUUUCUUAGGAGAAAAAAAAGACUGAAUUAGAUCUGGAGACAUUGUGAAUCUCUUUGUAGUUUCUUCGAUGUUUUUUGCUAAAACUCGUUUUAUUACAAUUAUACUGUGUGAUGUUGUAGACUUCUUAUAACACUGCUUUCUAUGUACAAUAUUCUUACAUUAGUCAAACAUGAAAGUGGUAGAUCCUUUCUUAUGAUGUUCAUAUUCAACCUUUGCGAUUUGCUUGCAAUUUUUGACAUCAGUAUAAUAGCCAGUUUAACACUGAGUGAGUAUAUUGUGCCCUGUAUUUUCAUUCUGAACUAAAUUGCUGUAAUUCUCAUGAUACAGUCUUGGUUUUCUUCAAUUGCAUUGGAUUAUAUUAGUAAUGUUUUGCUCUACAUUCAGUCUUUCCAAUAAAAUUAUUCCUUUUAAUCCAACCAAA